AUGUACCAAAUACCACAUAAAAUAAAACACACGUGCUAUUUCGGUAGCCCGUCAAUUGUCACAUUUGACGAAUCGAAAUCGGAUAUGAAAAUGAAACGGUUGAGACUCUUCUUACUUAUAACCUCACUAGUGGCAUCAAUCGUAACUGCAAACGUAAUGGCAGCCGCAUUGAUAUCCUAUAGAAAAUCCUUCAGGACGACGACUACCGACAAACCGCCAGUUCCGAUUACCACAGCCGCAAUAGAUGACGCCGCCGAGUCGUCGCAUGUGUCCAAGAUCUCAAAACCGGAUGAAGAAACUUUAAAAACUGCUAAUGACGACUGCAGAGUCUACACUAAAAUUGCCGUUACUGAUAAAAACACUAAAAGUGGCCACUACCACUACCACUACCACACCAAAUAUUACUAA